AUGUAUUGUGCGUCACAGUUACAAAUUGAAGUGUAUACAUCGAUUGGACAAAUUAUUUAUGCUAUUUUUCAAUCACUUGUUUUGAUUUUCACUAUUUUUGUGACUAUUUUAGCUGUGAAAACGUUAUGGAAAGAAUCGAUUUUACCGAAAACAACAAAAAUCUUAUUAUUUGCCACUUUGACUUAUGGAGUUCUGCAUGGAUUGGCUUUCUCGAAUUUUGUGGUAUUAUUUUUUUUUGAUAAGGUAAUACUUCCAAAAUUAUUUGAAAUUUAAUUACAGGCAACAAUUCUAUAUCGCAAUUUUCUAGUUACCCAAAAUUCGAGUUGUUAUCCAAUUCCAACCGGUGAAGAUUGUUCAAAUGUUAUUCAAGGAAUAUCUUUGGGGAUUUCUGGAAAUAUUCUGAUUCAAACUUUUUUGUGUUUUGACAGGUUUGGUUAGAAUUAUCAAAGAAAAAUUGAUAAUUUUUUGAAGAUUGCUAGCAACAAUUUUUGGGAUGAAGUACGCAAAAACUCUGCCAGGAAUCAUAUUUUUGGCUUUGGUGGUAAUCUUUUGUCUGAAAUUUUGCAAAUAGAACUUUGUGUUUUAAAAGAAGAAAAAUCCAAAAAUAAAGUUUACGCUUGAGAAAAUUCUAAACUUUCGAACAUGAAACGAGUAGGCGUCAGAAAACAACUAAAUCACAAAAAAAGUCAGCAAACAAGAGUUUUAAGUUUUCAGAUAAUUGGCUCACUGAGCACAUUUCCAAUUUUACGAAAUGGACAAACAUUAGAUGAAUCACAAUUAUACUGUAUUAUGUGGCCUGCAAAAAUGGCAACAUCUGCAAAUACAUUUUUAGCUUCAAUAUUUUAUCUUUCAAUUCUUAAUUUCAUGUUGAAUAUGGGUUUGAUGAGAUACAAUCAUAUUUGUGAAAAGAAAUCACAUUUUAAAGUUUUGGAAAGAUAUCAAAAUAUUGAAACUCUUCAGUCAACAAAAAUGAUAUCUUAUAUUAUAACUUGUCAAUUAAUUUCAAUGAUAAUUUAUUCUGGAGGAGUUUGGCUCAUGAGACAACAUACAAAGGAAAUAUCUUAUGUUUUAUAUUUGAAUAUUAUUGUCUGGUUAUAUGUGAGCUUAGAACUUUUUAUAUUUAAAAAAAGAAAUAUUUUAAAGAUGUUGACAAGAGAUAAUUAUAGAUUUUCAGACACAUCCGAUAAGUUCUGCUCUUCUACCGGUUCUUAUUAUCUAUUCAUCUUGGAAUCUAAAAAGACAACGUACGGCAAAAAUCAAUACAUUGACGGAUGAAAAAGAAACAGGAGAACAACACAUCCAAAAGCUACGGAAUAUAUGGGCUUGAAUUGAAAUUGAUUCGAUUGUGAGAUAAUCAAACCUGUGGCAUUCUCUCCUCUCACUAUUUUCCUCCGAUUUUUUUUCACUUUUUGUGUUCGGAUGACCUCUUGUAAUCAUGCUAAACUUUUAUAUAUUUCUAUUACACUUUAUAUUUUAUUUAGGAUUAUUAAUUUGGAUUUAGAACUCAAGUCGUGAGUUUUUUCGGGAUUUUAAUUGAAAUAAUUGAAAGAUUUUUUGAGAGAACUUAUGAAACUUGAGAACAUUCCUAUGGAUUGUGAAAGUGUUGUAAAUGGAACAGAAGAUUUUCGGAAAAUUUGGAGAGCGAAAAAUUGGAAUUGGCAUUUUGGAGAUAUUGAGAAAGAGCUAUUUGAAACAGAAGACAUGUAAGUUUUAACAUAAAAUUUUUUCAUUUUCUUUUCUAAAACUAUUUUUCCAGCUGUCCUGUUAUCGAAAAAUAUUUUUCAUUUUCAAAACUUGCAUUAUCUGAAGAGGAAAAAGAAUAUCCACUUGCAUAUGGAUUGGUGGUUUUCAAAAAUAUUGUACAAGUUAUAAUGCAGCUCAGUAUUUUCUAUCAACCUCAACAUCUUUUUUGUAUAACAGUUGAUCAAAAUAGUCCCGAAAUUUAUAAAAAUGUAAUUCAAAGUCUUCCAAAAUGUUUCGAAAAUAUGAAUGUUUUUGUAAGUUUUUUGAAAUUUUUUUUUGAAAAACUGUGGUUGUUUUCUUCAGAUUGGGGAAGAAUCAGAGUGGGGAUCAUUUGGAAUUCUGAAAAAUGUUUAUACAUGUUUCGAGCAUUUGACAAAAUCAAAAAAUGAUUGGAAAUAUUAUCAAUAUUUAUCUGGAACUGAUCUUCCAAUGAGAACAAAUUUAGAAAUGGUUCGAAUUUUUAAAGCAUUGAAUGGAUCAAUAAAUACAGAUGUCAGCACAUUUGAAACAAAUCGAUAUAAAAAUAUGGAGGUAUUUCAGAAGAAAAGCUAAACACUAAAUAUUAAAUAUUUUUCUAGGGUGUAAUUCCACCAAUGCCAAUUUAUAAAUCAAGUAUGUCAGUUGUUUUACCAAGAGAUGCUGCAAAUUAUAUUGUUGAUAGUCCGAAAGUUAAAAAACUGUUACAAUAUUUGAAAAACACUUGGAUUCCUGAUGAAUCAUUCUGGUCUACGGUAUCUGGAUCUCCAAAAUGUAAGAGAACUCUAAAAGUUCAGAUGAAAUAUUAGUUUUAAACGCCUGAUUUUAAUUUCGUUUUCAAACAAAGCUCAACUUUAAACUGCUCAUUUCAAAUUUUUCUAAACAGUUAACUGUUUUAAUGUUUAGUGCUUCCGGUUCCUGGAGCCGUUCGAGUUCGAGAUAUAAUGUGGCUCCGACAACAUUUUAAAGCUCGCCCAGCUGAUGUGAAUACUGUAGAUGACGUAGGAACAUCAUAUAUUGGAAGAUAUCAAGUUUGGGCUUGGCAAAAAGAUUGCUAUGGUUAGUGAAAGUGUUCAAGAUUUUUCAUAUCCUAUGAGUUUUCAGGAAAGAUUAAGGAUUAUUCUUGUGUUUUUGGAGUUCAGGACAUUGAGGAAAUUGUUACAAGACCGGAAUUGGUUGCGCACAAAUUAUAUUUGGCCUUUGAACCAGCUGCAUUUAUGUGUUUAUUCAAGGUACGUUAUAGGUUGUUUUAGAAAAAAAACAAUAAUUUUUAUGUUAUGUGAAUAAUAGUUUUUCAGGAAAUUCGUCGUAGAACUUUGAAUCCCUCAGAUUUUGAUGCAAAAUCUUAUUCCGAAAUGCCAACUGUUGAAUUAUUAAACGGCGUUUCUAUAACACAAUUAACUCAUCCAAAUUGGCUUGUUCGAGAUUCAUUUUAUAAUCCAGAACAAGAAGAUCAAGAUAGAAAUACUAUAUAA